UUCCGGGGAGGAGAUACAAAAUUGAGCGCGCGUCUUGCAAGCUUGUCUUAUGUUAGGAAGAAAGUUUCCUCGCCUACUAGCCCGGCAAGGCACUGUCAGCCGCUGUUCCGCAUCACAGAAGAUAUAUUCUCGUCCCUGAGAAGCCGCAAAUGCCCAGAGCUUGACCUUGCGACAUUCUACAUCAAAUUUCUGCGGUGUUUUAUGGAUUCCUGCCGACCGUGACCAACAAGGUACAACAACUUCGAAUUCGCGGAAAAUUGAGGUUUCGCAGGAUAAAAGGGGACGUGUACACACACGUACGGUCGUGCUGUGCUUCAGUGGAAACUGUUUCAACCCGUGCGUGCAGGGCUCUGCUCCCAGUGGGUUUGGAACCGGGUUCUUUUAUAUCUCUCUCUCACUUGGCACGCGACUGUGAGGACCGUGGCUGGCAGCGGACACCCGGGUAGCCACUACCCUAAGCCAGGCAAGGUGAACACCAUGGCAGUGCAGGAGGUACAAGGGAACCUGUCUGCUCUGUUUGUGUAUACCAUAGGAUGUUUUCUUCUGAUUGCUGCUCCUACAACUAGUCAGAUUCUUAUCAACGAGGUAAAUGCAAACAGUCCUGGAGACAACAAUCUGGACUUUAUAGAGUUGACUGAUGGUGGGAGAGGGAACACAUCACUUGACAACCUAGUUCUGGUUCUGUAUGAUGGGGCAACAGAUACAGCGUAUGGAGCAUGGGACUUGAGCAGCUAUAGGACCAACCAGCAAGGCUUGUUUGUCAUCGGCUCCAGUUUGAUUAUCCCUACCCCAGACUUGCCUCUGGGUAGUGCUGGACAUUUCCUUCAUCGUGGGAUAAGUGCUGCUGUGUUGUAUAGAAGAGAUGGAAGAAACUUUACAGAAGGGAUGCCCAUCCAGACUGACAAUGUUGAAGAUGUGUUGGUUUAUGGGGAAGAGGCUGGCCAUGACAGGGAACUGACCAAUAGCUUAGCACCAGGACAACUAGCUGCACACGAGGACCCAGGACAUUCCAUAGGGGACGAGUCUCUGAGUAGAUGCUGUAACUACCGAGCUGUGUCACUGUCAGCUUUCACCCUCACCACACCCACACCCGGUGCACCAAACCAGUGUGGGUUUCCCUGUGUCAUCAUCAAUGAGAUCAACGUUGACCAGCCAGGGACCAGUAGAGACACAACAGAAUUUGUUGAGCUGUAUGACACAGGAAUGGGGAACCAGUCAUUGGAUGGGCUAACACUGGUGUUUUACAAUGGAGGGAAGGAUACAGCAUACAACACAAUAGACCUGGGAGGCUACCGUACCAACAGCUAUGGGUACUUUGUUAUAGGAUCUCAAAACAUUCCAAAUGCAGACAUUGUCUUGGGAAGAAGAAACUUGAUCCAAAAUGGCCCGGAUGCUAUAGCUCUGUACCAUUCCUCUGCCUCCGGAUUUCCACAAGGUUCCUACAUCAGGAACAACAAGUUAGUCGAUGCUGUUGUUUACGGUACAGACGACGACGUUGACACUGAGCUACUGAGGAUUCUGUUGCCGGGGCAACCACAGCUGAACGAGAGCCCCGGAUCUGGAGAGGUGGACCUCUCCCUGAGCCGAUGCUCCUGCUGUGCUCGGAGAGAUGUUUCCUCCUUCGGGCAGGCAGUUCCCAGCCCUGGUUCUCCUAACCAGAACUGCUCCUUCAGAAACGAGACGUUUGUAGACAGUACAACAGCACAUCAGCAGGAGGUACGUGUCAACGAACUGAGCGCCGGACAGGUGGGGCGGGAGUGGCUGGAACUGUUUGAUGGUGGUCAUGGUAACCUGGCACUAGACAACAUGGUGGUGGUUCUGUACAGUGGACGCAAUAACAGUUCUUACUACAGUAUUGAGCUGACUGGCAACAGGACAGACAGGAACGGGUACCUCCUGAUUGGUUCUCAAGCUGUGACUCCACCUCCCCACAUAGUGAUUGACAGUUCAGCUUGGUUUCUGAACAGUGCUGGUGCUGUAGCCCUUUACCAUGGCAAAAGACAGGGAGAUUUCUAUGUAGGCAGUAAUGUAACUACAGAAGGGCUAGUGGAUGCUGUGGUGUAUGGGACUAGGGACGUGGAUGGACUUCUGAACAUUUUGACACCUGAGCAACCAGCUAUCACAGCAGAUACAGGAAAUACUGUUGACACCAUUGCCCGCUGCUUUUCCCAGCACCACUUCAGCCUGGUGUCCUUUACACCUGGUGCCAUUCCCACACCUGCAGCACCAAACAGCUGCCCUUUUCCUCCUCUGGUUAUCAACGAGUUAAAGCUCCUCCCUGAGAACACAGAGUACAUUGAGAUAUCCAGCCAGGGGAGACCUUACUUCCCAUUACAGAGCAUAGUGGUGGUGUUUUAUAGUGCUGAUGGCUUGUCGUACAAGUCUAUUGGAAUAGAUAAGGCCAGGACAGAUGAGAAUGGCUUCUACCUGAUUGGGAGCACAGGAAUGACUCCACAGCCUGACUUCACAGUGCAGCCACCUGCCUCUGGCUUCAUCAAGAAUGGUCCAAAUGCAGUAGCGCUGUAUCAGGGUCGGAGGACGAGUUUCCUACGUGGUACCUUGGUGACAAAUGCCAGCCUAAUCGAUGCUCUGGUGUACAGCUCAGAUCACAACACUUCCCUUCACAACCUGACAGAUGUUUUAACACCUGGGAGGAACCAAGUGGUCGUGAAUCUUCCAUGGCAUAGGAACGGCAGGGCCAUCUCAAGGUGUGGUGGAGGGAAUAGUGCGGUGUAUGUGUCAGUCUGCUCAACUCCCAUGGAUGUGAACUUCUGCUCCUUUCCUGACAACUUGACCUUGAUCAUCAAUGAAGUUAACAUUGAUACCAACAACAGCACAGGAAGUCAGGACUUCAUAGAGUUGUGGGAUGGAGGAGUAGGCAACACUCCACUAGAUGGUGUAGUAGUUUUCCUGUAUGGAAGUCAUGAUGGGACUGUGUACAAGUCCUUCAGUCUGCUGGGUUACACUACAGACAACCUGGGAUACUUUGUGAUUGGGACAACAGCUCUCAGCCCAACUCCUCAGAUGGUUGUGCCAGAAGCUCCAGACCAAGAAGAAGGUCCUGCCAGUACUGCUGGUUUCAUUCAGCAUGGUUCUGGUGCAGUGGCCCUGCAUGAUCAUGUGGGCACCAUGCCAGUUGGUAUGACAGCCACCAGCACCAGUCUGGUUGAUGCUGUGGUCUAUGGUACUCAGGACCAGCCUGCACAAGGGCUACUAGAUGUGCUCACUCCAGGUCAACCUCAGCUGGAUGUGCCAGUUUCCUCAGCAGGUGUCUUCAGUAUCAGCAGGUGUGAAGGAAGCUGUUGUGUAAGGCUCAACUCGACAUCCUUCAGUCUGGCCCCUCCCACUCCACACAUGGCAAAUAACUGUACAGCCUCACGCUCAUCUCCAACUGGCUCUCCUGUAGCAACAGAACCUUGGACAAGACCAUGUGUGACCAACAACUGCUCUCUCCCAACAGUAACUAAUGCCACAACAGCAGUCCUGCCCUUCAGUGAAACUAGCACAGCAUCACCUAGCACUACCAAUGCUACCACUCUCCCAGCUACUGCAAGUACUACCAACCAAACUAGUCCAAUUCCCAGUACUGCCAACAACUCAACCUCCACAAGUACCAGCAACUACCAACCUACUACAAGUACCACCAUACACCCAAGUGGUACAAAUGCUACUGUCCAACCAAUGACUCCAACAGCCAGUACUACUGUCAACUCAACGAUUACGAGCAAUGCUAUCCAACCUACUACAAGUACAACUACCACCAUGUAUCCAACCACUACAAAUCUCUCAAAUACCCCCUCUGCUGCACCUGCGACAACUAAUGCAGGAACUGUUGCAUGGCCCACACUGCCUCCGAAUGCUCCCCAAAUCAUCAUCAAUGAAUUGAAUGCAGACUCGCCCAGAGCUGAUGUCCAGGAGUUCCUGGAACUGUUUGACCUUGGAGCUGGAAGUUCCUCACUGGAUGGAUAUUCUCUGGUGUUCUACAAUGGAGAAUCAGGGGUGUCGUAUGAGACAGUAGACCUCACAGGACAUAGAACAAACCAGUGGGGAUAUUUCACUGUUGGCAGCAGCAGAGUUUCACCGACUCCAGACAUCAUCAUAGACUUCAACUUCAUCCAGAAUGGUCCAGAUGCAGUUGGUCUGUACUUUGCCCCAGUCGGUAACUUUCCCACUGGCUCAGCACCUACCACACAGGGUCUGGUGGACGUGGUCGUGUAUGGAAGUGGAGAGGCAGAUGCCAGGUAUCUACUGGACAUUCUGGCUCCUGGACAGACAAAGAUCCAGGAAGACAGCAGACAUUUAAACAGAGAUGAGACCAUCUCCAGAUGUCUGUCCAACAACACAGUGGACCUGUAUGCCUUUGUACUCGGCACACCUUCACCUGGCUCAAAGAAUAACUGCACACUCCCCAACAUUGUAAUAAAUGAGAUCAACGCAGACGAGCAAGGCUUGGACAGGGCAGAGUUUGUGGAGCUUUACUCACCAGGAAGAUCCUACACCCCUCUGGACGGCGUUGUCCUGGUCCUGUACAACGGUGAUUCUGGGGGAACGUCCUACAACACCAUCGACCUGCGCAACCACAGAACCGACGAGAAUGGUUACUUUGUAAUUGGUGGGCCAGAUGUGCCCAACAGAGACAUAACUAUCAUCCAGCAUGUGGGGUUCAUACAGAAUGGCCCUGAUGCGAUGGCUCUCUACCGAGGAUACGCCUCCCACUUCCCUUACCGGACACCUGUCACAGCAGAGAACAUGAUUGAUGCAGUCGUGUACGGUAGAACUGAUGAGCCGGGGGAUCACCUCCUGCAGGUUCUGUUACCAGGACAACACCUGAUUCAGGAGGAUCAGGAAUUCCAAGACGGAGAUGAGAGUAUAAGUCGUUGUCGAUGCUGUGCCCCACUUCAUGCUGCCUCCUUCAGACUUACUAUCCCCACCCCAGGGGAGCCCAAUGACUGUGUGUCACCCAUACCUUCAGACCUGCCCACCCUGGUCAUCAAUGAGAUCAACGUUGAUAUGAAGAACAAGGAUGAUGCAGAAUUUGUAGAACUCAGAGGAGAUGCAAAUGCCAAUGUUAGCGGCUUGUUGUUGGUUUUCUUCAGUGGCAUAGAUGGCAGGUCAUAUCUUACACUUGAACUUCAUGGAACAACAGAUUCAGAUGGCUACUUCCUCAUUGGUCACCCCAACAGGACCCCUCCUCCUGAUGUUCCAUUGCCUUCCAGACAAGGAGGAGUAAUAAAGGAGCUAGCCAAUGGUAUUGGUCUAUACUAUGGAAUCAAGGCACACUUCCCAAUGAGGACAAACGUGACAGAUAGAAACCUCCUGGAUGCAGUAGUCUACACCACCAACAGGGGAGUCACCAGCCAGAGACUUCUGGACACACUCACACCUGGGCAGGACAUUCUGGUGGAGGAGUACAGCUACUUGGACAAUGAUGACUCCCUGAGUCGCUGCCAGUGCUGCUCCAGCACAAGAGAAAACGGCAUGUAUGUUCUGUCACCAUCUUCACCAGGCAAAGUUAACAUCUGCCCCAGCAAGCAACACUCCACAACCAUCCAGGUCAAACUGGUUAAUGCCAACUGCACUGUCUUCAAGAGGAACCUCACUUUGUUUGAGGAGCUGAAGAGAGUUGUGGCCAGUGGAGUGGAGACUCGUUGUCAGUGUGGAUUUACUGUGGCCUACAUUGCCGAUGCCGAGAUCAUAUGUGGAAGUACAAUCCUGAAUGCCACCCUACAAGCAGUCACUGCCGAACAGCUGGAGUCCUUCAGACUGGGUUAUGAGACGUUUGUGGACAAGGCAGCCUACCUGACUGUUGGGGAACAAACAUACAGUGUGGAGCCAUGCACAUACAACUGUCUGCCAGUAACACGAAGAAAACCUCAAGGUUUGUCUCCUGGGGUAAAGGCAGCCAUUGGUAUUUGUUGCAGCCUAGCAGCCAUUGUUCUUCUCUUGGGUGUUGUCUAUGUGUGGAAUAGAAGAAGCAAAGGAAAAUCCAAUCCUGAGUGGAGGGAGAGCUGGUCACUCAGCAACCCUGCGGAGCUGGCUCCAGCCUACAGCAUUGCUAGUUUUGACAACCCUCUGUACGAUGAUGAAUCUUCAGUCAGAAACUCUGGCUUCCUUUGAAACUACAGAAAGCUGCAUUUUUUAAGCAUUAUCUUUAUUAGAAGUCUGCCUGUGCUUUUCUGGUGCCAAAUAUGUUGUCAUGUGUACUUGCAAUAUUAGAAAACAUAUCAAGCUUUGUAAAUAUCAGAAAACAUAUCACUACUUAAUUGCUUUUCCUAAUCAUACUAUGCAUGUGUGCUCGAUCAAUGAAGCAAAUAAAUAGACCUGGGUAUGACUAUUUCCUGAUGCACUGCAGUGUAGGUAGUAUCAAGUAUCAGGCAGACUAAAGCAAAAAUAUUUUAUGCUCAGUGUUACCUUCCCAAUUAAUGAUACAAUAAAGUGUCAUUGCUAUUGACUGUUUUGUAAAUUCAGAUUCUUUGCUUGCAAUGACAGGUGGGAUGGUCUUCGCAAUUAAGUCAUGUAAAUUGAUGUGAGAAAGUUUUUAAGAGUUCAAAUCUUACUAUUUACAGAUUUCAUUCUCACCUUCUUCUUACUAUUUUACCACCUGCUGAACUCACUCAAAUGUAAACAAGAUGUGAACAUAUAUUUUUUGUCAUCAGUCAUGUCAGUGGGAAAUUGUCUCGCCAGGACUGAAUAGUCCAUAAUGAUAUUGAAAAUGUAUUUGCAAUCCUACAGGGCAUUAUAUGCAGCUUACCAAGAUGAAUUUACAGAGUGUUCAUUUUGUAAGAAUGUAAGGAGCUGAAUAUUUAUCAUUAACAUUUGUUUUUUUCUAGGACAUGAAGUGCACUAGAAAAUGAAUUAUUUAUGCCUCACCAAAGCUAGAUGUUAGCCAAUGUGUUUUAAAGAGCCAGUGUCUUAGUAUCAUUUUAAGUUGUCCUGUAAUAGGCAAAUGUGGUCUUAAAAGAGAUAUUCUGCAAAAAUGUUCUAUACAUAAUUGUGUGGACUUUACUAUAUUAAUCAUUCCUGUUCCUAUCAUUGCUUCUGAAGUAAGUGUAUUCAGUCACCCUUCUUUGAAAUGAAGGUAAACCAAAAGUUACAUAUUUUUUACCUAUGCAAUUACUUAACUUCCAUUGUUGUUUUGUAUCAUAGUUGUUAUAUCAAAAUGGUUCAUAAGUUACAUAUCAAUGAUUAAAAGCUGUCUGUCAUAUCUGUAGUAUGUACAUGUAGUUAGUGUUUCAGAAAUGUGUAUAUUGUAGUUUUUUGUGAUGUGGAUUUCCAAAACAUGUUUCACUCAAUGUAAACAAAACUAGUGAAAAGUUUACAUUUUACUGAAGAAGUAUUUGAAUUGUUGGUGUAAAAAUUUGACAGUGAUAUUUUUGGAAAUUUAUACUGUAAUUUGUCUAUGUGCAAUAUGUAUGAUCAAAUAAAGAGCUGUUUUAUGAUAUUAAAGACUGAGGUCAUUUGAAA